AUGAAGUGCCUGCGUGCAGCUUUGCAUGUGGCCUGGCUCCCGCAGUUGCGUCCUGCAACCACACAAAUCCUGGCGCGCCUCAAGUACACACAACACCAAGGAGUCAAGGGCAUACGCAGCCGCAAGAGCUUCUACGAGGCUCAAAUGCAGGCGGGCCAGCAGGAGGACAGCGAGGAGAGAUCGAUGGCUAUGAGCAGCGGUGAUAUGCGUUUCCUGGAUGAUCGCGCCUACGAUGAGGUCGCUGGUGGAGCAAUGCGCAUCAGUAGAGAUGUCGCCACAGCGCAGCACGUGUUCAUCCUGCAGCCGUAUGUCAAAUGGUCGGCGAAGCGCACAACGCCCAACGAUGUGCGCCCCGAUGAUCAGUUGAUCGAGGCGACGGCGCUGAUUCACUCCCUGCCCAACUGGCAGGUGGCUCGAGCACUGAAGGUGCCACUGGAAAGCCUGGAGCGCAAAACGCUCUUUGGCAGCGGCAAACUGACGGAACUGAAGCAGCUAAUUGCCCAGCUGCGCGAGGAGCGACACAUUAGCUGCGUAUUUGUGAGCAAAGGCACGCUCUCCUUCGCCCAGAAACAAUUCCUGGAGUCGGAAUUCCAGUUGCCGGUGCUGGAUCGCUACUCGGUGGUCAUACAAAUCUUGCGGCUACAUGCGACGACCGCUGAGGCUCGUCUCCAGGUGGCAAUGGCGGAGCUCCCCUACAUUUGGGCGCAGGCAAAGGAUGCGAGUGCAACGCAAACACGGCGUCAGGGCUACUCCCUGAGUGAUCUGCAAAAGGAAAUACUGCGCACAAGGGAGCGCAAAUUGCGUGCCGAACUGGAUGCUGUGCGUCGCCAGCGACAGCUGUUGCGCCAGAAGCGCAAGCAACAGAACUACCCAAUUGCGGCUGUCGUUGGCUAUACAAAUGCCGGGAAGACAUCGCUGAUAAAGGCGCUCACAGUGGAAGAUUCGCUGCAGCCGCGCAAUCAGUUGUUUGCCACACUCGAUGUGACAGCGCAUGCGGGCAGUUUACCCUGUAAUCUGCAGCUUAUCUAUAUGGAUACGGUGGGUUUUAUGUCCGAUUUACCGACGGGCUUGUUCGAGUGCUUUGUGGCCACCUUGGAGGAUGCCAUGCUGGCGGACAUUAUCAUACAUGUACAGGAUCUGUCGCAUCCCUGUCAUGCCGCUCAGCGUGCCCAUGUCGAGUCCACGCUUCGCUCCUUGGCGUUCAGUGUGGCUGGUGGCGAUUCCAGCGCCAGCCAACUGCCGCCCAUCAUUAACGUUUACAACAAAUGCGAUUUGGUAACACCCCAAGCCCAGACAGCUGCUGGCGGUCAUCUGAUCUCGGCACGCGCUCAGAGUGGCUUGGAGCCGCUGCUAAUGGACAUUGAGGAACAGAUUCUGAACGUCACCGGACGCCGAAAGCUGCAGGUGCGCGUGCCCAGCGGUGGACCAGAGAUGGCCUGGCUAUAUAAGAAUGCCGCCGUUGUGAAUACCAAAGCGGAUGAACAGAAUUCCGAGAAAAUCCUGAUGCGUGUGGUCAUCAGUCAGCGUACCUUGGAUCAGUUUAAACGCCAGUUUUGCUAGUUAUAUUUAUAAAUAAAUAAAUAAUCAUUUUAGUUUUUUUUUUUUAUUUUGUUAAUCUUUCUCAAUGGCGCAACUGGCACCAGUUAAAUAAAUUUAAUUUCUGCUGUUGUUGUAGUGUAUAAAUUUGUGUAUUGGUGUCGGAUUCCCAUAGUAUACAUAUAUGUAUAUAUAUAAAAUUAGCUACAAAACACUUUUACCUCAAAUAUGAUUUUCAAGUUGUAUUAAAUAAUAAUAAAAUA